GUCCACAUCAUCGGACACAAAACGGACACAGGGCUGAAGAGAAGAGGCUCAGAAUCACUUUAAAUCUCAGAUAACGACAUGACCAUAUUUGGACAAGGGGGUGGAGCUAGAGAACACUUAGCAAAUGCUGAACUCUUAGAGCUAUUGAAGACUGACCACAUGGCUGAUUCAUUAGCUGCUACUGAGAUGGUGUACUGCUGUGUCUCGAUAGAACGGUAGGUGUUUCCAGGUGUGUGUGUUUGGAUUCGCAUCAUCAUGGCGGUGGGCCUGCAGGUCGUCGGUCUGCUCCUGGGCGUGGUGUCCUGGUGCCUGCAGUCCAGCUGUACGUCCUCCCAGGUGUGGAAGGUGAGGAGUCAGGUGGAGUCAGUCACCAGCAGUCAGUGGCAGUUUGAGGGUCUGUGGAUGAGCUGCGCCGCCACCUCCAUGGGAUCAAUCCAGUGCAGCAGGUUCAAGACGGUGCUGGGACUGCCAGUCCACCUGCAGACAUGCAGAGCUCUGAUGAUAAUCUCCCUACUGGUCAGUCUGGCCUCCAUCAUCGUCUCUGUGCUCGGACUAAAGUGCACCAAGAUCGGCAGAGCCUCAGAGCAAGUCAAAAACCAGAUUGUUUUGACCGGAGGAAUCCUCUUCAUCCUGUCCGGUGUUUUUACUCUGAUUGCUGUGUCGUGGUACGCCGGCAGAGUCAUCCAUGACUUCUACAACCCGCUCUAUGGAGGAGUCAGGUUCGAGCUGGGUACUGGUCUGUACCUGGGCUGGGCAGCUUCGUGUCUGGCUGUGCUGGGAGGAUCAAUGCUCUGCUGCUCCUACAAAAAGAUGCCCUCCACCCCCCCUUCACGACAGUUUUCGUAUAACUUCACCACAACGAGCCAAGGACAGAGCAUCUACCGAGCGGCUCCAGCCUCCGACAGCAGCAUCUCCAAAGCUUACGUCUGAACCUCACCACCUCAUAUCCUCAUCAUGACAUCUUUUCAAAUUUCAAACUCAUGCAGACACUUUUUCUGUUUUUUUAACCAUGAAAUCUGAAUUUGAUUGAUUCAUACAUAUUUUGCAUUUGUAUUUUGUAUUUUGAUUGAAAAAAAAAGAACCUAAAAAUGUUUCAUGAGACUUCAGCAGGUCAGAAUUCAAAAUAUUUCCAAACUUUCCAAACUGUCCUUGAUUGUUCAUAUUAGGAUUUUCAGUCUGAUGACUUUGGUUUGUAAAUAAAAGUUUCUUUCUUCUU